AUGUCACCCGACCGGUCGAAAAUGCGUCAGCCAUACGCCUGCGAGCAGAUGCUGCGGCGCGGUUUUACCACGGCUCGGGAUUGCGGAGGCGCGAGCUUCGCGUUAAAGGAAGCCAUCGCCGACGGGGUGUUCCCAGGACCUCGCCUGUUCAUUGCCGGUCAUGCUCUGAGCCAGACGGGCGGACAUGCGGACUUCCGGCCGGCAGACGACGCGCACGAAUGCUGCGGUGGACACGUCACGGGGAUAGGUCGCCUCUGUGAUGGAGUACCCGAAUGCGUCAAGUUCACCCGCGAGGAGCUGCGAAUGGGCGCAGAUUAUAUCAAGAUCAUCACCGGAGCAGGCGUGACGAGCCCGAAUAGUGCAUUGGAAACCCUCCAAUUCACUGCGGAAGAAAUCCGGGCCAUUACCACAGUGGCUGCCAACAGUUGUACCUAUGUCACCGCGCAUGCCUAUACGCCGCAGUCGAUCCGACAUGCCGUUGACAACGGUGCCCGGGGUAUCGAGCAUGGGAACCUCUUGGAUGAAGCUACGGCUGCCCUGAUGGCUGAGAAAGGAGUGAUUCUCACGCCCACCCUCAUCACAUAUGCGGAGAUGUCCUCUCCGGAGUGGGAGGGGUUCCUACCUCCUGGAUCAAUGGUAAAGAACAAGCAAGUCCUCGAGGCAGGGUUGAAGUCGCUGCAGAUUGCCGCAGCGGCAGGCGUCACGAUGUGCUUUGGGACAGAUCUCGUUGGCCCGAUAACAGCCGCGCAGACCAAGGAGUUCGCACUACGGGCACAGGUCCUGACACCGCUGCAGAUACUUCAGAGUGCGACAAUAAACCCAGCGCGCCUGUGUGGACAGGAGAGGUUUCUCGGUCAAAUUCAGCCUGGGUUCGCGGCAGACAUGCUGGUGUUGACACAGAAUCCGUUGCAGGAUAUCUCUAUCUUUGAUAGGCCCGAGCAACAUCUGUUGGCUGUAAUAAAGGAGGGAUAUGUCUAUGCGAGCCGAACUCACUGUCUAACAAUCGAACACCUUUGA